GGUGCAAAUGCACAGCCCCCUAUCCAUCUGUCAACCAGCUGCACUGGAGCUGCUGUGAAGCCACAAACACGCAGAGAUGUCCGCAUGUGAGUUUGAAUCGCUGGAGAAAUCUCUGGAGUCCCACCUGCCAGAGGUCGAGCUGUCAGAAGUGAAACGCAUCUUAUUCGGAAAGGACACACAGAAGUUGGACCUGCCUGCAUGUGCUGUGAGUGCUGCCGCUGAGCAUGACUUUGAGCUGAAGGGUUACAGGUUUGAAGCUGCACAGGAACAACUGAGACCGCCAAGAAGGAUCCGUGUGGGACUCAUUCAGAACCAUGUAGUUCUGCCUACUGAUGCUCCCAUCCUGGACCAGGUCAAUGCCAUGCAUAGCCGGAUUGGUGAAAUGGUUGAAGUGGCAGCCAUGUGCGGUGUAAACAUUGUCUGCUUUCAGGAGACCUGGACCAUGCCCUUUGCUUUCUGCACCCGUGAGAAAGAACCAUGGACGGAGUUUGCAGAGUCUGCUGAAGAAGGAAACACUACACGCUUUUGCCAAGAGCUGGCUAAAAAAUACAACAUGGUAGUUGUUUCUCCAAUUCUGGAGCGAGAGGGGCUGCACAGCACUCUGUGGAACACAGCAGUGGUGAUCUCCAACUCUGGAAAUGUGCUGGGAAAGAGCAGGAAGAACCAUAUUCCCAGGAUCGGAGACUUUAAUGAAUCUACAUAUUAUAUGGAGGGCGACACUGGCCACACAGUGUUCCAGACACAGUUUGGGAACAUCGCUGUUAAUAUCUGCUACGGGCGCCAUCACCCUCUCAACUGGUUCAUGUACAGUAUGAAUGGAGCGGAGAUCAUCUUCAACCCCUCAGCUACUGUUGGAGCUCUCAGUGAGCCCAUGUGGUCCAUUGAGGCCAGGAAUGCAGCAAUAGCUAACCACUGUUUCACUUGUGCAAUCAACCGUGUUGGGACGGAGCAUUUCAAAAGUGAAUUCACAUCUGGUGAUGGAAAAAAAGCUCACCAUGACUUCGGACACUUCUAUGGAUCCAGUUAUGUGGCUGCUCCUGAUGGCAGCCGCACCCCGGGGCUCUCCAGGACCCGUGACGGACUCCUGGUGGUAGAAUUGGAUCUCAACCUGAACAGACAAAUCAGCGACAAAUGGAGUUUUAAGAUGACUGGGCGAUAUUCUGAGUAUGCAGAGGAAUUUACCAAGGCUGUCAGACAUGACUUCAAACCCAACAUAGUGAAGGAGUAGAUGAUGUUCUACUAUAGUAGAUUUAAGUAUGAAACAAACCAAGUUCACUUCUUUUCUUUUUCCCUAAAGUUGGGGAUUGUUUUAUUAGGAAUAACCCCCUGAGAUGUAGCAUGUCUUUUUUGAGGGGGUCCUUUUUCUUCGGCAUAAUUUGUCUAUAUUUGUUUGUAUGUCACAUUGUUGGCAUUUUCUUGGUUCCAUCCCUUUAUGGCAGAACACUACAUUCAAAGUCACACCAGUGUUCUUUAUAAGUGGAUACCUAACUUUUCUUGAUUUCAUUGUUGAUCAUUUAACACAAGCCUGGCUUUUUCAGUUGUCUAAAAAUGUACAUGGAGCUUUAGACAGAUCAACAAGUCCUUAAAGCGAGACCAUGCAACUGUUGCUGAACAGUGGCCGCUGCAGCCACAAGUGCCAAUUAUGGAUUAAGGCUAAAUGCUAAAACUGUCUUGUAACUGUAGCAUAAAGUUGGGAAAGUUCACAAAGUCAGUGAGUUACACAUUAGUAUAUAUCUUAAGUUUGCUAACAUUAACUAUAGUUAGCCACUGUCUGUAAGCCAAAUUUUGUAUCCUGGUAUAGGUCAUUUCAUACCUUGAUAACAAUAUACAACACGAUAUAUGAAAUAACCACAUGGUAACACCUAUUUUUGUAUAGUCCUGUAUGAAUUAAAUACUUCAUACUAAGAAUGAAAAGUACUAAGAAUUUUGUCAUUUUAUUGAGAACUUUAAAUGAACAAGGAUCAGAACAUAACAUGUCCAAGUGAUGUAAAUCUUGCUGUAACACAAUUGGGCUGCGGGUUUUUCGACACUGCAAUAGAAAUGAUACAGAAAAAAUAUAUAAAAUAGACAUAUUUAUAUCGUUCAGCCGAUAUAGUGUACAUCGUCCAGCCCUAGUCUCGCUUUAAGGUCAAACAUUUUUUUAUUACAGAUUAUUUUUUGAGCUUUUAUGCAUUUAAUUGAUAGGACAGCUGAGAAAGAGGGGGAAGACAUGCAGGAAAUUUUCACAGGUCAGACUUGAACCCUUGACCUCUGCAUCAAGGUAUAAACCUCUAAGUAUACGUGUGCCUGCUCUACCCACUGAGCCAACCCAGCCACAAUCUGCAUAACUUUUAAAGACUAUAUAAGAUGGAUCCAACAAAUUUUCAUUGGUUGCACCAAUAGAAAAUUGUUAUUUUUUGUUUAUUUAUUUGAUUAGGACAAUGCACAUUAAUGAACAUUUUUGUAAAUGCACCAGUGUUAGCCAGUUGGCUAAUUUUAAACUGUAGUCCUAAUUGCCUAGCAUGCAUGUCUUUGUGGUGGAAAGAAACCGAAGCAAACCCACGCAAGCACGGGGAGAACAUGCAAACUCCACACAGAAAGGCCUGAGACAACCUGAGUUCAAACCCAGAAUCUUCUUGCUGUGAGGCAGAAGUGCUAACCACUGAGCCACCGUGAUCUAAUUAAUCAAUCAAAUGAAAGCAUUUAGGCUAUUUUGGCUGAUAAGAUAUCCUCUCAGGACUGCGUGGGCAUCAUGUACAGAAUGUGGUUGAUGGACGGCUCAUUCACUCUCUAGUGAGCUUUGUUGCUACUGCGGGAACAAUUUUACAUCUUUAUUGUUCUUAGCACAAAGAGUUUGGUGACCUCACAUCAAAAUGUACAACCAUUUUAUUAUGACAAUUAUUAAUUAUUCAAUUAAUAGAUUAUAGAGUGCUGAUAAUCUACUUGAUAGAUUUUAGGUUAAUAUGCUUUAGGGUAAAUACUGAUGUUUAAGAUAACUUUGUUCAUGAUUAUUAAAUCCAUCCUCCCAAGAACCACAUUAGUAAUAAGAAGCUCAUAUUAGCUGGCUAAUAUUUGAAUGGCCUAUAUUGAUAACUUGGAUAAGAAAAAAUAGCCCAGAUCAGAUUGUGCCAAUCUUUGGCAAAAUGUAAAUAUAAAAUUAAGGUUUAAAAUGAAGGGUCUUAAUUAAAUACAUGACAAGGGUGGAAUCCUUUUAUCACAACAUAUAAUA